GGGCGCACGAGUGCUGCCCAACCUCUCUGAUGAAUUAAUUCACGUGCGCGCUGAAUUUGUUUUUAAAUCUACCGAUUUGGUUGCGAAUUGCGAUUAAAAAGUUUUUAAAACUAAAAUGAAAAAACAGAUUAUGCCUACUCGUUACUAAUUUUUUCACUUAUUGAUUUUUAUUUUAAUUUGAAAUAGCAAUAAAAUCAAUUACAUUAAAUUAUUGCAAUCUAUCAAAGUAUGUGUAGAUAUAUCUACCGAUAAAGAACAGACGCUUAUAAAUUAUGCAAUGAGUGGUAAUUUCGUCGACAAUAGCUUUUAUAUAUAUAUAUAUAUACAUACAGCAUGUCUCGAGUCGCCAUAAACAUAACCUAAAAAUUUAGCACGAGAUUGUCAAGCAGAGAGUAGCAAUUGAGUGUUGUGUUUUUUUUUAUUAGAAUCUUCGUUAAAUACUUAAACAUGAAUCUAAGAACACCGUUUCGAUUUGCACUGAGCCGAGACUAUAAUUUACUCAAAAGACGAAAUUUCAAAGCCAGCUGUUUUAAUCAAAAUAAGACCCAGGCAGCUGAUAAAGAUAAUGAUAAAACCACACACUUUGGAUUUAAAACCAUCAAAGAAUCUGAAAAAACGAAAGAAGUAUAUUCAGUAUUUGAGAAUGUUGCAAAUUCUUAUGAUCAAAUGAACGAUGCCAUGAGUUUUGGAAUUCAUAGAAUAUGGAAAGAUCAGUUUAUACAGAGACUUGACCCAGAACAUGGUACUCGGCUUCUAGACUGCGCAGGUGGAACAGGAGAUAUAACUUUCCGAUACCUGACAUACUUGAAAAAUAAGUGUAAUCCAAAAGCUAUCAAAAGUCAUGUAACCGUAUGUGAUAUAAAUGCUAAUAUGUUAGAUGUUGGACAAGUCAGAGCCAAAAGACAAGGUUUUACUGUAGAAAAUGGAUAUGAUAUAGCAUGGCAACAAGCUAAUGCAGAAGAACUUCCUUUUGACAGUGAAACGUAUACAGCAUAUACCAUUGCUUUUGGUAUUAGAAACGUUACAAGAGUUGAUAAGGCUUUGGCUGAAGCUUAUAGAGUAUUAAGGCCUGGUGGAAGAUUCCUUUGUUUGGAGUUUAGCCACGUAGACAAUGAUUUACUGAGAUGGGUAUAUGAUCAAUACUCAUUUCAAGUAAUUCCAGUAUUAGGGACACUUAUUGCUGGUCAAUGGCAACCCUAUCAAUAUCUAGUUGAGAGUAUUAGGAAGUUUCCCAAACAAGAGGAAUUUAAAGAGAUGAUUUCAAAUGCUGGUUUCAAGAGAGUUACUUAUGAAAAUAUAACUUUUGGAACAGUUGCAAUACACAUCGGACAUAAGGAAUAAGCUUUAUCAAAGGAUUUUUAAAUGGCUCAAUUUGUGUUAAUGUGUUUUUUCACCAAUUAUGUUUGAAAUAACUGAGUACUCUCAUUAUAAUUUUUCACGUUUUUAUUCAUACAAAUGUUAUAAAACUUAAAAAAUUUGUUUAACAUAUCCAAAUACUAUUUUUACUAUUGUAAAAAUAAUUUAUUAGCAAUGUGACAAACGCGAAUAUCAGACAAAAAUUUGAUACUCUUGUUAAUGUUAAACACUGUAUAUUCUAUUGAAACGACAACGAUUCUGUGAACGUAAGAUAAGCUAUGUAAAUAAAUAGCAUUAGUUUUUUACAUUAAAAAAAUAAGGCAUGUUAACAUUUUUUUUUGCGAUUCGUAACGCAAUAGCGAUACGAUCUUUGGCCGGCGGUGUUUACACAUUCUAAACAAAGAGUAAUGCUACAGAUAUGUAAAAUUAGCUGGUAAAUCAAGAAUGAAAAAAAAAA